AGGGCGGGAGAAGGGUGUGGCUUAUGAAGGUCACGUGUCUAUUUCGCGCGAAAAUGUGUUGCAUGUUCCGGUCAUAGCGACUUUGAGCAAGCCUUCAUAUAUACUUCGGUAGCUCAAGUUGCUGAGUUGAAAUUUAUUUAUCGUUUGGUCAGUCGUCUUUCCUGGCCAGAAGAUAAUUGUGUGGUUCCAGUUUGACAUCAUUAUGUCUCAGGCGCGGGUCACCGAUUUCUACGUCAAGAGAAAGAAGGAUGCUAGUGGGGCUGCGCAUGGUGAUGGCAAUAAAACGCAAGUUGUGGACACUGUAACAAGUAAGCCAUCCACAAGAUCAACUCGGUCGAAAAGCAAUGCGGCACCUACAACAAAGGUUAUGAUAAAGAAUUCCAAAUCAACAUGUUCUGAAAACAGUGUACAAGAUGAGUUUUGGAGGGUUAUUGAUGAGGCGACUUCGGUCGAUGAGGUGGAGAGCGUGUCUGCUGUGCUGGCGAGGACCGACUCGGAAAAACAAACACUUUUCUCCAGCCCUCGUACUCCCAAGAGGACCUCUACAGAAGCUGAAUUCGAUCUUGGAUCAGCUGUAUUUUCAACCACUGCUGAACAUAGCACAGCAAAGAAGCGUCUUCGGAUCGAGGCAAAUAAACACGCCAUCGCUGCAGGGACAAGUCCUGAGCCGGUUAAAGCUGUAAAGAAGUCGGUCAGGAAGAAAUUGAUUCUCGUCAAAAACGACGAACAGGCAACCCACUCUCUGGCUAAAGAUGUCCCGCAGGUACCCUAUCCACUACCUGUUGAUAAAGAAUCAAAGAAUUUCGUCAAUCGCAGUGCCAACAAUUCUCCAAGGCACAAACCACAUGUUCAGGGCAGCACAAACCCAAAAGAGGGGCACAAGACUUUCUCCAAAGAGGAUGUUGCGGCCCUCAAGUUCCGCCUUAAGAAGAUACAGGGCCAGACACUGAAAGCUGAUAACCUGCCCUCUACGCCCCCUGAGUCUACUGCCACUGUCCCAGACCUGAAGACAAAGCUAGCCUGUGUCAAAGAGCUUGCUGCUAAGGCACAACACCGGAAGGAGGAGAGGUUGGCAGAGGCCAGAUCUACUGAAGAAAAUAAUCGUCCGCAAACCGAGGAUGGAGAUAAGCUCCCAGCCUAUCAGCGGUACCAUACUCUUGCCCAGGAUGUUCCCCCUGGCCUCACCCUGCCCUUCAAGUACAAACUGCUUGCCGGAAUGUUCCGUAGCAUGGACACCAUAGUGGGAAUGCUCUUCAACCGCUCCGAGACUGUUACCUUUGCCAAAGUGAAGCAGGGUGUCCAGGACAUGAUGCACAAGCGUUUUGAGGAGACCCAUGUGGGCCAGAUUAAGACUGUCUAUCCUACGGCCUACCAUUUCCGCCAGGAGAGAAACAUUCCUACCUUCAGUGCUACAGUGAGGAAGUCGAGCUACCAGCUCACAGUGGAGCCUGUAAUUGAAGCUGAUAAGAGCAAGGCAGUGCUGGCUGCUUCCCGCCUGUUAGAGAGGAGACGUAUCUUCCACCAAAACCUAAUCAGCAUUGUGAAAGGGCAUCACAAGGCAUUCCUUGCCAAGUUGAAUCCUCCUAUUAGAGUCCCAGAUGACAAGCUUACCCGCUGGCACCCUCGCUUCAAUGUGGAUGAGGUGCCCAAUGUCCUGCCCAGUGAGCUGCCCCAGCCCCCACAGGAAGCUGAGAAGCUAACCACUGCCCGGGAGGUUCUGGACAAGGCCCGCUCCAUGAUGACCCCUAAGAUGGAGAAAGCGCUGGCCAACAUGGCUCUGAAGACUGCAGAGAUGGUCUGUGUAAAAGAGCAAGAGCCUGUUCCACAAACUCUCGUGGCUCCUGCUGAAACUCACAGUGCCCUCAAAGGGGUGUCUCAGUCCCUGCUGGAGAGGAUCCGAGCAAAGGAGGCUCAGAAGCUCCAAGCUGCCAUGACCCGGAACCCUCAACAGGAGGAGCGCCUUGUGAUGAUGUCACGGCUGGGAGAGCUGGCUCGGAUCCUGCGUAACGUCUUUGUGGCAGAGAAGAAACCUGCACUGAUCAUGGAGGUGGCCUGUAACCGGAUGGUCUCUAGUUACCGCUCUGCCCUGAGCACAGGUGAUAUGGAGCUGCACCUUCGUCUACUGGCAGAACUGACUCCUGAAUGGCUUACCAUUCACACAAUUAGAAAGGACUUCUAUCUCAAGUUGAUCAAGACCAUGGACCUGAAUGUGGUACUGGAGAAACUGAAGCAGAAGACCAAAGAGGAAGAAAGGCUUUGAAGCUGCUAUGAUUUUCAAUGUGUAAUUUGAGUGAUUGGACAAUGCAGGGCUGGUUUGUUUACUUUUUUUUAAAGGAAGUUAAACUAUUUUUACCAACUCAAUAAGCGUGCAUAUUUUUUUAUGUGUAUAGAUAAAUGCUGUGUUCAAUGAUACUGACUCAUUUUGUGGGUGACUUUCUUGUUGAUUGGGUAGUAUUCUAACACCGUUGUCCUAGUUUUGUAAUAAACUUUCUAGUUCACGGACAGUUUUAAUAUACUUGCCAUGUGUUUAAUCUUUUUUUAUUUUUUUAAGCUGCAUUACAUACACACUAGCAUUGGAGUAAAAAUAUUUUUACCCUUGACAAACUGCCUUUUGUUUUUGCUUGCACAAUGGAUUUCCAUUAAGCAGGUUCUUGUUCUAUGUAGUGAACAAUGAACCAAGUAUAUUGACAAAAUGACUGCCUCAUACAAUUGUACCAGUACAGUAAUUAAAUACCAAAAGGCACCUUUAGACAUUGAUACUUAGGGCUAGCACACAACUGACAGUUAUGGAGGAAGACUAAUGUAACCAUAAAAACAAAACAGCACAUUGGGUACACUUAAGGUGAUCUAUUAUAGCUUUGACCACUAACAAUGGAAAUGCAUGUCCUCAAUGAUUGAAGCCAGAUACAUGUGCAUAACAAGCAAAACUGUUCUCAGUUAUAAUGCCACAUUUUAUUUAACCCUUAUUUUAGGUAAGUUGGCUACGAACACAUCAUUUACAGCUAUGACCUGGGGAAUAAUUACAAGGGAAAGAUAGCGCCAAUUGGAAGCUGGGGAUAAUUAGGUGAUUGAAUUUAGCCAGGACACCAGGGUUAAUACCCCUACUCUCAUGAUAAGUGCCAUGGGCUCUUUAGUGAGUCAGGACACCUGCUUAACAUCCCAUGCGAAAGACUGCACCCUACACCGGGCAAUGUCCCCAAUCACUGCCCUGGGACAUUGGGAUUUUUUUCAAGACCAGAGGAAAGAGUACCUUCUACUGGCAUUCCAACAACACUUCCAGCAGCAUCUGGUCAUCCAACCAGGACCAACCCUGCAUAGCUUCCGCGGCAACUUCCUGUUGGAUAUUUUUUUUUUAUAACUCAUCUACACAUUGUAGGGGCAGUAUUUUGAACCAAUGUAAGAAGUGGCUUUGUUGAAUGACGUGAGGCUUCUUUGAUAGAGUUCCAUACAAAAAAGGGCUCCUCAUGUAGACUGGUUUUUGGCAAGAGUAAAUCCUCUCAAAUUUGCCUCUUUUUCUAUGGUACGCUUUCGCCAGUUCACGCAUUAUGCCAUCAUUGACUUGAA